CCACCCCUCAAAAAGAGAUUUUUUCAUUUCUAUUUUCCUUUAAUUUUGUGAUGCGAACAGACGUUUUAAAUUUUUGAUAUGAAGGAAUUGAAACCGCGUCUGUCCUCUCGCAAUCAUCACCUUGGCUUUUCUGUCAUUUCUUCACAAUUAAUCCUCGUUGUUCUCCAUUUAAUUCAGUUUUUUCCUCUCUUCACUCUCCCCAUUUUCAUACCCACUUCCCAUAAUCCCUUCUUGUAACGAUGAAUCCUCAAUACCCAGUUAAGGAGGAGGAUUGGGGGCCAAGCUCGUCGGAGUUUGGCGGCGGUUAUGGCUUACCGCCGACGCCGCAGCCGAUGGAGGGUCUUAACGAUGUUAGUCCACCGCCAUUUCUGAUCAAGACAUUUGAUAUUGUGGAUGAUCCUCUUACCGAUCACAUCAUCUCUUGGGGCAGGGGAGGAAUCAGCUUUAUUGUAUGGGAUCCCAAGGCCUUCUCUGCUAAUUUGCUUCCUCGGUUCUUCAAGCAUAACAACUUCUCAAGCUUCAUCCGGCAGCUCAACACUUACGGUUUUAGGAAGAUUAAUCCAGAGAGAUGGGAGUUCGCAAAUGAAGGUUUCUUGAGAGGCCAAAAGCAUCUCCUUAGAACUAUUAAGAGAAGAAAACCACCAACCACUGACCAUUUGCCUUCCGAACAAGAACCCAGUGCUUGUGUCGAAAUCGGUCGUUUUGGACUUGAUGUCGAACUCGACCGUUUGAAACGGGACAAGCAAGUGGUGAUGAUGGAACUAGUUAAGCUAAGGCGUGAGCAGCAAAAUACAAGAGCUUACAUACAAGCAAUGGAACAAAAGCUGCAAGGGACAGAGAUGAAACAGCGACAGAUGAUGAAAUUCUUAGCAAGAGCAAUGCAGAAUCCAGACUUUGUUCACCAAUUAAUCCAGCAGAAAAAGAAAAGGGACAUUGAAGAAGCUUCAACAAAGAAGAGGAGAAGGCCUAUUGACCAAGGACCAGCAAGCAGCUCCAGAAGCAGUGAAGAAGAAAGCAUCUCAAACAUUAAGAUUGAGCCUAUAGAAUUUUGUGGAUAUGAAGUAUCUGAACUUGAAGCACUUGCUUUGGAAAUGCAAGGAUUAGGGAGGGCAGUUAAGAAAGAAACCAAAGUAAAGGAAGAGAUGCAACAGUCUUCAGAAAAUGGAGAUGCAGAGUUGGAUGAGGGAUUUUGGGAAGAGUUUUUCAGUGGAAGAAUAGAAGAAGGCGAAAACGACGACAUGGUGAAAGCCUUAAGCAAUCGCUUCGGCUAUUUAGGUUCAAUCCCCUAAAGUAAGGUAGCUGGAAAACACAAAUCUGACUUGGCCAAUUUUGCACUUUGGUUCAUUUCAGAUCUCCAUUUGUUCUAGGUAAGAAAAUAAUGUUUUUGUUCUCACAUUUCAAUUUGUUAAAGACCCGUUUGGUAACUGUUUGAUUUUUGAUUUAAAAAAUUAAGCCUAUAAACACUUACUAACAUUUUGUUACCUACUCUUUACCAAAAGAUUUUGACUAAGAAUUCAAUUAAAAAACUUGACAAAGAUAAAGUUAGUUCGUAAGAAAAGAAAAUAGGCUUAAUUUUCAAAAACAAAAAACGAAAUGAUGAUCAAACGGGCCAUAAUAACAUUAAAUCAAACAUUCCUUCAAAACCCAUUAUUAUCUUCUGAUUUGUCUGGAAUUAACAGGAUGGGAAAUCUUGGCAAGCACAGUAUUAAAAGGGAAACUGUCUUUUCCUCUCUUUUCUCUCUCUCUCUCUUUUUCAUUUUCCCACAACAAAUCUCCCUUCUUAUUUAUUUUUCUCCUGGCUAUAUUAAGUUGCAGGCAAAUUUAGGUGGAGAAGGACAAUGGUAGCCACUGAAUGUAAAAUGAAGGUGUGUUUCUCAUUGAAAACCCAUUACUGCAAUAUGUUUUUUUGUGAAUUUUGUAGGGAUAAAAAGAAGAGUAAUUUGUGGCCAGAAAUAGAGGAAAGUUGCAGCAGAAGAAGCCAAAAUGGAAGGGGGACCCAAGUUGGUUUUUUUCUCUUUAAGCAGUUGGUAGUUAAAAAGUGUGGGUCGGUCUGAUUCUUUGUUUGUUUUUGCGUUGUCCAUUUGUGAGAGUUGCUUUGAAAUGGUCGGUGUUGAGCUUGAGUUUUCAUUGUCAUCCCACUUGAAAAAAAUCCCAGAUAUUUCUCCCAUUACCUUUCACUACCUUACAAUCAUAUGCAAACGGUACUCAUUGGUCAUCCCAUUACCCUUUUCUUUCUUUUCUUUUUUAAUUGUCUUAUGAUGCUUCAUGUAUUAAAAGAAUAAGCUCUGCGAGUAUUAUUGGGGCAUUAAUGGGUAUUUAAUUCAUAUGCCGAUGUACAUUACACAUGAGUUUCUUUAGUGAUAUUUUGAGUUUUGUAAA